UGUUCCAGUCUGUGCCGGAGUCGUUGGCGGUGUCUGUGUGGCUGACGGUGAGAGUCUGCCCGCAGCCAGUCCGUGUCCUCCCGCCGCCGCCGCCGCCGCCGCAGCAACAUGAACAACGGCCGCGCCUGGCGGCGGGACUAGGGAUGCCGUUUGUCCAGCUGGAGGAGCACUGGCAAAAAAUGGAAGUGUCGAGCGUGAGUGAGGAUGAAGGAAGAUUCAAGGAGAUUGCAAUCACACAUCAUGUGAAGGAAGGUUGUGAGAAGGCUGAUCCCACCCAAUUUGAAUUGCUGAAGGUUCUUGGCCAGGGAUCUUUUGGAAAGGUCUUUCUGGUUAGAAAGGCAGUUGGCCCUGAUGCUGGACAGUUGUAUGCAAUGAAGGUAUUGAAGAAAGCCACGCUAAAAGUGCGGGAUCGUGUCCGAACAAAAAUGGAACGAGAUAUUCUAGUUGAAGUAAAUCAUCCAUUUAUAGUUAAAUUACACUAUGCCUUUCAGACUGAAGGGAAACUUUAUCUAAUUUUGGAUUUCCUCAGGGGAGGGGAUGUAUUUACACGCUUAUCCAAAGAGGUCAUGUUUACUGAGGAAGAUGUCAAGUUCUACCUCGCAGAAUUGGCCCUUGCUUUGGAUCAUCUACACAGUUUGGGAAUAGUGUACAGAGAUCUAAAGCCAGAAAACAUUUUACUUGAUGAAGGAGGACAUAUCAAGUUAACAGAUUUUGGGCUCAGUAAAGAAUCAGUUGACCAAGAAAAGAAGGCAUACUCAUUCUGUGGUACUGUGGAGUACAUGGCACCAGAAGUAGUAAACAGGCGAGGUCACACACAGAGUGCAGAUUGGUGGUCAUUUGGUGUUCUUAUGUUUGAGAUGCUUACUGGUACAUUGCCAUUUCAAGGUAAAGACAGGAAUGAAACAAUGAACAUGAUACUGAAGGCGAAAUUAGGAAUGCCUCAGUUUCUUAGUCCAGAAGCUCAAGGUCUUCUCAGAAUGUUAUUCAAGAGAAAUCCUGGGAACAGACUAGGAGCUGGCCCUGAUGGAGUUGAAGAGAUCAAAAGGCAUCCAUUCUUUGCUACCAUUGACUGGAAUAAACUGGUCAGAAAGGAAAUUCAGCCUCCAUUUAAACCUGCUUCUGGGAAGCCAGAAGAUACUUUUUGCUUUGAUCCAGAAUUUACAGCUAAAACACCAAAAGACUCACCAGGAAUUCCACCUAGUGCUAAUGCACAUCAGCUGUUCAGAGGAUUUAGUUUUGUUGCAACCAAUGCAGUGGAAGAGGUCCAAAGCACCCCACUCUCAGCAGUACACCCUAUUGUGCAGCUUCACGGGAAUAGUAUGCAGAUCACUGAUGGAUAUGAGCUCAAAGAGGAUAUUGGCGUUGGUUCCUACUCAAUUUGCAAACGUUGCAUACAUAGAGUUACCAAUCUGGAGUUUGCUGUCAAGAUAAUUGAUAAGAGUAAACGUGACCCUUCAGAGGAGAUUGAAAUAUUAAUGCGCUAUGGACAGCAUCCAAACAUCAUUACUUUGAAAGAUGUAUAUGAUGAUGGCCGAUAUGUUUACCUUGUCACUGAACUAUUGAAAGGGGGUGAGCUGCUGGAUAGGCUCCUUCGGCAGAAGUACUUUUCCGAAAGAGAAGCCAGUGCUGUGCUAUUCACAAUAACAAAAACAGUGGAAUAUCUUCACUGCCAAGGGGUUGUACAUAGGGAUUUAAAACCAAGUAAUAUUUUGUAUAUGGAUGAAUCUGGCGAUCCUGAAUCUAUCCGGAUAUGUGAUUUUGGGUUUGCGAAACAGCUACGUGGUGACAAUGGCCUGCUUAUGACCCCAUGCUACACAGCCAACUUUGUGGCUCCUGAGGUUUUAAUGCGUCAAGGUUAUGAUGCUGCAUGUGACAUCUGGAGCCUUGGGGUGCUCCUAUAUACAAUGUUAGCUGGUUAUACUCCUUUUGCCAAUGGACCAAAUGAUACUGCAGAAGAAAUUUUAUUGCGAAUAGGAAGUGGCAAAUUCUCACUGAGCGGAGGCAACUGGGAUACAGUUUCAGAUGCAGCUAAGGAUUUAUUAUCCAAUAUGCUUCAUGUUGAUCCCCAUCAACGAUUCACAGCUGAGCAAGUGCUCAAGCACCCCUGGAUUGCUUGCCGGGAUCAGUUACCACAUUUCCAGCUAAACCGACAGGAUGCACCUCAUUUGGUAAAAGGUGCCAUGGCUGCUACAUAUUCUGCACUGAACCACAAGACGCUUCGUCCAGUGUUGGAGCCAGUUGCUGCUUCGAGUUUAGCCCAGCGCAGAGUAAUGAAAAAACUUACCUCAACGGACUUAUGAAAUAUAUAUGAACCAACAAUAUAUAACAUUUUUCAAUUGACUUGAAUGGCAUCAAGCUCCUGGAGGUUGCACUAACUGAAGAGUUUUUGCUUUUCCUUAUUUUUUACUUUGAGUAUUGGGAGAUCAAGCUACCAAAUCAGGAUUUGAGGGAUUGGGGUCACUGGAAGAUGUAAUAAUUUUAUCAUGACAAAAAAGUUUUUGAAGAUAACUCAUCUCAAAAAAUACAGACAGGUUUACAUCUUGAAAGUUGAAGCUUUGAAUGGCAUUUUUUAAAAAAGUGCAUAUGAAUUCUAAUCAAGGUGGCAACGGGUUCAGUAAAGUACGCAAGUGGAUCACUGGUGGCUACAUUCAGAGCUACUUUGCUAUUAUGUGAUCUUGUUCUGAAGCAUUGUUUAAUUAAACUUUGUAUUUUAUUUAUUUACUUUCAUUUUCAAGAAAUACAAUACUUAUAGAUAAAGUUUUAUUUUGAUGUCAAUUUAUAUAUUGUCAUUAAAAUAUCAUAUUGCACAUCACCUGGAUUGUAUUAAGUUGUCCAACAGCCUUAAAAUUGCUUCUUAACAGAGGUCCUUUAUUUGGUUUUCCACUCUUCCUGAAAUUGCUAGACAGCACUUGAAUUUGUGCAUCUUUUGUAAUUCGGUAAAUAUUAUCCAAGAGGAACAUUUCACAGUAUUUCACCUUUUGUCGUUCAGAUUUCACAGUGAAAUCUGGAAUGCGUCAACAUUUAGGGCAAACACAUGAAUCACACUGAGGUAGACGAUCCUGCAGUCCCUUCAAGUAGUAUCUAAAUAAAACAUUAUUGUAUAAAGUUAAUGUACUUCAUCUUCGUGUCUACCACAAUAAUACUUUGGUUUCUUUACUUUUCUGUGGAUUGUGAAGAUGAAGGUCACUAAAUUGCAUGGAGAAACUAAGACUCCAAUAUCACUUGUUCCAUAUUCUACUCAUGGUCAUAUUUUCAAACCAUAAACAAUCACUUGUAUAAUCGGCCAGAAUUGGCAUCUUGGCCUUAGGCGAACAAAAAACAUUAGAUGUUGUUUUUAACUUUUGUUUUGCUUUUCUGUUGUAAAUGUUGUUGCAUAUAUAUGUUACGUAUGUUAUGAGGGUCCUACACAACUUCAGUGUCGAUUGCAAUCCUUGCUGUGGAUGAAAUCCUUGACAUAUGCUACCUGAAUUAUACAAUUCAUAUAGCUGUCUCUCUCCAAUCCAGUUAUGCUUAUGAAAUUGCCUGCAAGCUAGAAGGACUACAUAUCUCUGAGGGACAUUGCUGAAAUUAUUUAUUGUGUCCAUUUUCCUAAAUUCAUAUAUGUCACUUCGGUGAAUUGUGCAGAGGUAUUUCUGCAGAACUUGGCCUUGGAUUUUGCCAUGCUGAUAACGGUGAGCCUGUUGGCACUCAGUAUUACUGAGUAACAUUGACAGCAACUUUAGCCAUAGCAAUGUUGAUAUUAGUGAUACUGUGUCCUUCCGUAAGGUUGCUGUUGCCGUCCUCUCAGGUGGAUUCUGCAUUGAAAUUUGUUUUGAGAUGUGAACUUGGGGAUUUUUGGGGAAAGUGAGGAAGAUAUUUAUAUGUAGCAAGUGGUAGUCACCUGAAACUUGCUGUUUACAAGGGUGGCAGGAGUGGAGGUCAUCAGUGAUUUCGAGAUGAACUUGGAUGGGACUUGAGGAACAUAAACUUGCAGGGCUGUAGGGUAGACCGAACAAUAGAACCGAUUAGAGAUAAUGGGAACUACAGAUGCUAGAGAAUCCAAGAUAACUAAGUGUGUAACUGGAUGAACUCAGCAGGCCAAGCAGCAUCUCAG